CGAUAGUACCUAAGUACCUAAUAAAGUCUUAUAAACCUAUGGGUAACCCAAUACAUCCUCCUGGGCGGGUGAGGAGGCGGGCGGAUAUGUAUCUCUACCUGCCUCAGACUCAUAUUAUCCCCCACUCCACAGAGCCAUAGGUACCUAUGUAAACUUGCUGGUCUCAUACCUCCUCAGACUAGCCUGCCAUUCGAACUCACAAGCUACCCACAUGUGCCUCAUCGUCGCAUCCUAUACCGAUUGAUUGACUACCUGACAAAGCCCCGUUCGCCUCACAUCUGGACAAGAUGGUAAGCGGCCGCUCAAGUUUCCCAGAGAUGUAUCCCAAGCACGUCUGGUCCCCUUCCGGCGGCUGGUACGCCCAGCCGAAGAACUGGAAGACGAAUACGGCCGUAUGCUUCGGUGUCAUAUUCGGCAUCACCGCUUUGACGUGGAAUCUGAGCGCCUCGCGGGAGGUCAGAUACAAGAUGCCAGAGCCUGGCCGGUUCUACCCUAGUCGAAAUUGGUCCAAGCAAAUCAAGGAGUAUGAAGCAGCACAGAAGGAGAAUAAGAGCGAUGAACAAUAGACCCGACUGCGAUGUCGGAGUGUACAGAUGAAACGCGUAACUUAAAGAGGGGAAUGCGAGGAAAUGGUUCAUACAACGGCGAAACGCGGGUGUCAAUCCCCAACUACUUCGCAUUACUGCUUCGUGAGCAACGAUUUCUAUGCGGCAACCCCGGAUUAGGGGCCGGGUCAGGACCCGACCGAAUCUUCGAGUUUAAUAGACG